GGUUAGGACUUAUUAAGACAACAAUUAAGACAACAAUAGGGCGCAAGCAUAAAAACUCUCCGGAACAUAUAGUCAACAUACAAUAUCCUUCACCCUAUUUUUCUUUCCUGCGUAACUCACUGGUUAGGUUACUUACUAGCUUACUAGUAGUCAGCAUUCCUACAGCCAAAGUCGUUACGUCUUUUAAAUUCUGUGCUUCACACAAGUUAUCGUCAAUCCGGCCGAUUAUGGCGCCCGCGUCGGAGGUUAAUUUGUUUGCGCCCUUCGAGCGGGAUGUCAUACUCGAAAUCCGGACGAGUAAAAUGGAAAUCAUGCCAGGACUGAAGAUCGAGACGGGCAUAAACAAGAAGAUUCGUACCGGUCGCAUCCCCGUGACCUUCGGCGGACUUGAUGCGGAUGAACACGAUCUUGUAUUCCACGGGGGCCUGGAUAAAGCAAUUCACGGGUACUGCUGUUCUCACUAUCCCACAUGGCAGAAAGAAUUCCCCGAAGCUGCUACGCGCUUUAGGCCUGGCGGAUUUGGGGAAAACUUCGUGACGGAGCGCAUGAAUGAGCGUAAUGUAUGCAUAGGCGACGUAGUAUCCGUCGGUGACGACGGCGUGUUGCUUCAAGUCAGCCUACCGCGACAGCCGUGCUUCAAGCUGAAUCAUCGGUUCCAACUGAGAAACUUCGCUCCCAAUACAUACAAAACCAGCCGUACGGGUUGGUAUUACAGGGUGCUACACGAGGGCACGGUACAGGCUGGUGAUGAGAUCCGGCUUGUGGAGCGCAAAUGGCCUGGAUGGACUAUCGAGCGCGUCCAAGAAUAUCUUCACCGAACGCAGGAUAACGCCACCAUGAACGAAGAGCUUGCUGCUAUUUCCGAUAUGGGUGACGAGAGUAGGAAGGCAUUUGAGCGACGCGUCGAGAAGCUUAAGGCUAAGCAGAGGCGCGCUGCCGCCGCACUCAACGGGGAUGGAGACGAAGUAAAGGAGAAAUGGCGCGACUUCAGAAUCGUGGAGAAGAAGAUUGAGACGCCGCGUAUCUCAUCGUUCAUCUUAGAAGCGUUACAUCCUGACCCCGAAGCAGGGGAGAUGCAACUUGGCGCGCAUGCCCGUCUCAAAUUACCUAACGGACUUCAGCGGUCCUACUCCAUCGUCUCAGGUACGUCCAAUCGCUUCGAACUAGGCAUCGCCCUCGAGGAGCCUAGCCGCGGCGGGUCCUCGUAUCUGCACAACACAGCGCAGGCAGGCGAUAUCGUGCAGGUUGGGCGUGUGACAACGGACGUCAAGCCCGCGAGCGCAGCCAGCAACCACGUCUUCAUCGUGGGCGGCAUCGGCAUCACGGCCUUCCUCAGCAUGCUCGAGAUGUAUCGCAACAUCCACUGGGAAUCGGCGCUGCACUACGGCGUGCGCGACGCAUCUUCAGACGUGCCGUUCCGGGCGCGGCUCGAGGCGCUCGGCGACUCGGUGAAGAUGUACGAUCGCGCGAAGGGCCAACGGAUGGAUAUCGCGGCGAUUUUCAGCGGCUUGCCGUGGAAUUCGCACGUGUAUGUGUGUGGGCCACGGCGCAUGAUGGAUGAGGCGAUACGGGAGGCGAAGGCGCAUGGGCUUGGCGAGGACGAGGUUCAUUUUGAGGCUUUUGGGGCGGAUACGAGCGGUGACCCGUUCGAGGUAGAGGUGACGUCGAUUCGGGAGAAGAGCACCAGGGUUUUGAAUGUGGGUGCGGAGGAGACGUUACUGGAGGUGUUGAAGAGGCAUUUUGGGGACGAGGAUGUGCCGUCUAGUUGUGAGGUAGGUAACUGCGGGACGUGUAAAGUGGUGCUGAGGAGUGGACGUGUUGAUCAUAGGGGUACGUCGCUUAUGGAGGAGGAGAAGAAGGAUGCUAUGCUGAGUUGUGUUAGUAGGGGUGUUGGGAAGAUUGCUAUUGAGAUAUGAGAUGGUAUGAAGUUAGGGUUAGAGAAUACAAUUCGUACCGCGAGUAAUUACGGUAAUUAUGGGUUUUCUGCUCCGUAGUCUCGUCCAUUAUAUCAUUUCCAACCAGGACCUUUCCUCUUGAAGUGACUACUAGGUGAGAAGGUUUGUUUUUCUACGAAAUAGUUACUGAAUAAUGAGGUUUGACGCUACGAGACCAGGUCCGUAUCAGC